ACGGCUUCCUUACACAGCGUGGAUUUCAAUGACACUGAGCAAGACAUUUCACUUCUACAGGCUGAAAAGAUGUCGUUAUCCUUUUUGUUCAGAACUGUUAUAGGAGACGUCGCAAAGGUCAGCAAUUGCCAUCAUGUACAGUCGUUACACACAGGUUGUCAGCUUUUGGUGGCUGAGAAAGCCCUCCUGAUGAAACUGAGGAAAAACACUGGCUACACUUUCAUGAACUGCAAGAAAGCACUGGAGAAGUUUGAUAAUGACAUAACACAGGCCGAGACAUGGCUGCAUGAGCAGGCCCAGAAGGAGGGCUGGAGCAAAGCAAACAAGCUGGAGGGUCGCAAAGCCAAAGAGGGUCUGAUUGGCCUGUUUAUAGGAGAUAAAGCUGCAGUUAUGGUGGAGGUGAACUGUGAGACAGACUUUGUUGCCCGCAACGAGAAGUUCCAGCAGCUGGUUAAGGAUGUGGCAUUUGCCACCUUUGCUCACCACCAGAAUAAAACCCAAAGCAAGGCAGGAUAUGUGAAGAGUGUCCUGGCAGGAGAUGAGUUAAGCAAACUCAGUGUGGGUGAAGGAGCUUCACUUGCUGACCGGGUGGCUCUCACAAUAGGUCGCCUUGGUGAGAACAUGUCAGUGAGGCGGGCGGUGACAGUGGGUGUCCCUGCUGAGUGGAACAUCGGCUCCUAUGUUCACGGUGGUGAAAGUGGCCAGACUGAGGUGGCCAUGGGUCGGUACGGUGCCCUGGUCGUAUUUCAAGGUGGAAAGGAAGGAGAAGAGAAGGUUUUAGGACGUAAGCUGGGACAGCAUAUUGUGGGAGAGGCCCCCUUGUCCCUGGGCAACAUGGAUGACCUUCCCUGCGGGGAAAGUGAGACACGCCUGCUUCCUCAGACCUUCCUGGGAGACCCCAGCAGGACGGUGGCACAGUUCCUCAGGGGUCAGCAGGCUCGAGUGCUGGACUUUGUCCGAUUUCAAUGUGGCGAGACAGCCAGUGAAGAAGCACAAUGAAGCGAGGGAAACCAUUUAUCUAAAAGGAUUUGUCAUGUGUUUAUUACCUAUUCAUUCUUGAACAUUCAGAUGGUGUCAUCAUGAAUUUGAAAGCAGAAUAUGUAGGCCUACCACCAGUGGUGCGAUCCAACAAUAAAAUGUUUUGUCCUCAAA